AUGACCGUCUCCUUCUUUGAUCUCUUUUGGAGCCUUUUGACCCAUUUUGGAUCAUUUUUCAGCAUCCGCAUUCACCUGACCAUCACCCUGCUUGUGAAUGGCCGUGAAGAUGCAUUCCAAGAAGACAUCCAGGAAAAUAAUUUGCCAGAGGCCGGUAGUUCCCCAGAUGACAUUCUUGACAUUAACCAAGCACUGAUCCCUCUGGAGGCACCAGAAAGCAGCUUCCUGACUGAGGGGGACAUUAUCAAGGCAAGUCCGUUCCGGCUAUUCACAUCUGCCAGCCCAAGAUGGCCGAAGAAGGGUGGGAUUGUCCAAAUUCCUUACGUUAUCUCUCACACAUAUGAUAAAUCCAGUGUGAAGAUAAUCCAGGAAGCCUUUGAAGACUUUGCCAAGUUCACCUGCAUAAAGUUCAUCCCGUAUUCCUACCAGAGAGACUUCAUCUCCAUUGUACCUCUCUCUGGAUGCUUCUCCAGUGUUGGGCGCACUGGUGGAAUGCAGGUGGUAUCAUUGGCUCCUGCUUGCCUCAGGAGGGGGAAGGGAGUAGCUCUGCAUGAGUUCAUGCAUGUCUUGGGCUUCUGGCACGAGCACUGUAGAGCAGACAGAGACAAGUAUAUCAGCAUCUCCUGGAAUGACAUUUUGACAGGCUUUGAAAUAAACUUCAUGAAGUCUUGGAAUACCAACAUGCUAGUAGACUAUGACUACUCAUCUGUCAUGCAUUAUGGCAGGAAUGCCUUCAGCAUGACUGGCUUGCCUACCAUUAUACCACUCUCCAGUUCUCAUGCCUUCCUUGGUCAGCGGUGGAACUUGAGCAGAUCAGAUGUUGCCAGAGUCAACAAACUCUACAAGUGUUCUCAGGGGACACUGCAGCCAGUGCCCUUCUUGGAAGACUGGCUACAUCUACAGGUGUGCAAGCUGAAGGGCCACGAGUAA